AUGAAACAAAGCAUAGUAGAAAAACUUACAAGAUUACUAUGCUGCGCCACGAAUUUACCUGAAAGCAAGGAGAGAACAAUCGAAGAUCAGCCCACAGAUAGACAAUACGACUAUAAUCCACAGCCAGAGCCAGAGAUUGAAUGGAAUCAAAUUCGACCCUUCACCAAUCAUAGUUGUCCGUCUCCAACCACCGACAUCGACAACGCCAACAUUUAUGGGCGAAUUUCAAAUUCGAAUGAGACACUCGAGUCCGAUGGUGUUUUCUCACCCGUUGACGAUCUCUAUCAGAACGAUCCGAUGAGCGAAGAACUGCGAGAACGAAGUCGCCAAGAGUACCUUCUGAAAAAUCGCUCCAAAAAGAAGCUCACCCGUGAGAAAUCAAGCUCCAUGACAAAUCUAUCCGCUCCGAGCAAGAAAACAAAUAAAUAUCCUCCCACAUCGAACUUGUUAUUGAUAAAGUCAAAAUCAGAGUUCGACAUUCUUGAGCGAGAGGAGCAAAUCGAAAUCGACGACAUCAAAGCCUGGUGCAACUCGCGCAGCUCCCAGCGAACCACGGAGCGAUCUGUAAAUUCUGAACACAACAUGCCACAAACGCCCAAUCGACCGCGUUACUCCGCUGAGCAUCAUCAGCAACACAUCAGCUUGUAUAAACAACCGAUGCGAACUGUUCCUAGUCCAAGAAUCGAAUCAAACACAAACAACGUGGACUACGUCGCCGUCAAUUGGGAGAAAACUGAUCAGCUCAGAACUGGCUGA